AGGACACGUUGUGGAUCCGGACUCCAGAGCCGGCACUCCUCCCUUCCUUCCCCACCCCCCGCGCUCCGUCGAGGCCGAGGUUCGGGUUCUUAAAGAGACAGACACCGCCACGUCCCGUGGGGAAACUGUGGGGGAGGGGAGGGGGGUGGGCGGCACAAGAGAAUUCUCAAGCGUGUGGGGUCUUCUUCCUGUUUAUCUAUACCCUUUUCUUUAUUGAAAUAUAAAAUAGUAUAACGAAGGACGGUUGUCAAGAGGCAAAAAGUCAUCAAUAUUCCUCGCAUUCUUUUUUGGCCACAAAAAUUUAAUUAACCGGUGAUGGAGCGGAUUAGUCAAAUCGCUUCUGAGUUGCGAAUGAGUGAUCGAGGGCGGGUGAUGUCUGUUCACGUGGACACCCCCAGUAAGUGUGGCACUCCCGCGCCCCCCUCCUUCUGCCCCGGGUGGGGCGGGGGCGGGGAAGCGGUAGGCUAUGGCCUCCCGCACCCCCUUGUCCCCCAAAGCGCUCACCGCCACCCCCAGCCCGGCAGGGACCCAGUAAACCACGGCGGAGGUGCACUGGCGGACCUGCUGAGAAACGUUUUGCCCUGCCUUCUGUCUUGGCCUGGUUACGCCUACACUGCCUCCCCCUUUGGGGACCAUUUUCUCCUCACUGAGAAAGCCCGCCUUGGCCUAGGACCUCGCCAGAACUUCUGCGCUCCCCUGUCUUCUGGGCUUGCUUCCAGCACCGCGACUGCUAUUGUCUGCCCAUCUUUACCAGCUUGGGAGCGAUCGGAUUGCAAGGACCAGGAACGUCUCUUGUCUCUGGGUGCCCCAAGCCCAGCACGCAGUACUUGUUCACUGAAGGUUAACUGUAGAGUGGACAGGUUCUGGCUGGCUGAGUCCCAGAAUCCUAAUUCCCGGCUCACACGAAGUGGAAACUGUGGCUCUGGCCUCACCACACCCGACCCUUGUGAUCAACUGAGAAGACUUUACAUCUGACUAAUCAAUAUAUAUGAUCAAGCAACAAAGGCCUUAGGAAGUGACCAAUUUGAUAAUGCAUCCUUGCCAUGGCUGUCCUUCCUUCCCUGCUUUAUAAUCCCCAUCCCUCACUCUUGGCUCUUGGACUCACACUUGCCAAUAAAGUCCUCGUAUGAGGAACCUACAUUAAGGCGUGCUGGUACCAAGAACGGCCCCCAGGAAUUAGCCCUCAGGUUGGAAUUUCCGGACUGGCCUGCUCAGCGGUGAGAUGGCCAAAACCCCAUUGCUGGGGUAAGUGUGUGUGUGUUGUGGGGGUCAGGUGAGAAAACCACCAAGGCUAUGUAGUUCUUCUCUUGGAAACAGAAAUAAAAGUUAUAUGGAUAUAUUAGUCAUAGUGAUAUACAAGCUUUGGCUCAAAAUGAGAUAAGAUUCAAAGAUGACUGGUUUAACUAAAUUCUCAACUGCAGGCUGUUUUGCUCCGAGGGGGUAUUUGGCAAUAUCUGAAGUCAUUUUUGAUUGUUGCAACUGGUGGUGUGCUACUGGGGUGCUCC